UUCACACAAACCUUAUAACAGAGAUUCAGCGUGCUUUGUUUUAAAGGGGAUUUAGUAGAUCUAGCUUCCCUAUUUACAAUAGUUCCAUUAAAAGCUGCUGCCUGGUAUUCAGGUAAGAUUACUUUAACUGGUCAAAUCAUUUUCAUGGUGAGAUCAGGACAUUCCUCCCAAACAUAGCAAAGUGUACUAUAAUAACUUCUUUUGCAUUUGAUGGUUAUUGUAUUCAGCAAUGUAAUUUCUGAAGACUGCACUUAAUUGCACCAUUUCAAAAUUGGUACUAAUGUGCUAGAUGUACUGUUACAUUCAUAAUUUGCAUACAUGCAUCCUUGUAUUAACAAACCUAGCCUGCCAUUUAAUAUUAUAUUUAUCUUUGUGGUUCUAGCCCCUCUCUUGUGCAGAAAACUGCAGUCAAGGAAUUUACAGUUUUCCUGUCCAUUACGUUAAGAAAGACAAUGGUUUUGUUUUCAAAUAUUGACAUAGUAUUACUGAUAUUAAGUUCUCAAUUAGUACUUUACAAGAAAUUCAAUCUAUUUCUAAUGUUGUUUGACAUGCACAAACUGACAAGACAUGAUCUGGUGCACUUUUUAGGGCUGCUUGUAGGGACAGCAAUAUACUAGAUUGACCUUGGAAAAAGGAGGUGAUGAAUUUACAGCCCCGAAUUUCUAGUCCAAUACAGUUGUUUUAAGGAUAAGGGAAGCGUAUUCAAGAGUAAAUAUUAUAUAUAAAAGGAGAAAGGCACAAUCUUUAGAGUUCUGGCAUUAGCAUCUUUUCAAGUGUUUGUAUGCAGGUCUAAAUGAUCACAUUAAGCAAGUGUUUUGGGGCCACACUCCUCAAUUAAACAGUAAAAGGGCCUUGCUUAAGUCUCCAUGUACCAGGACAACACAAACAAGCCAAUUAGCAGGCAGUGACAGAUGACAAAGACUAAGGACACAGAUAAGUAAUAAGGUUAGUGUAAUUGUACAUCUUGUUUUGGCUGGGACAGUCCUUUUUCUAAGCCCUAUCCCCCCAUCUCAACUUUUUUUUAGCAAAAGAGGGCAUUUGCCACAUUUGCUUUUGGCAAGAGCAAGUGCCCACUUUUGUUGUUGUUUUUCUUUCAAGUGUGGUGUGGAGAAACAUAUGGAGGAUGGCGGGGUGUGAGUGGAGCUGUAUUAGGCAGGGGUUGAGUGACCAGUGACAGUCGAAUGAAGGAGGGGAGACAUCUGGCAAGCAUCUCGGCUCACCUCUGCACAAUGUCCUGUUUUCCAUUUGGGAAAUGUCACCUUAACCAAGCUGGAUUUUGAAAAAAAAGGGCCUUGAACACUCUCUCAGCUAAAAGUCCACUGCACCAUUUUGAAACUCCAACCAAUCAAGGAUCAGGAAAAAAAUCUCAGAAAAGGAGCAAUAGUGAAGUUACUAACAUGUGGAGUAAAGUCGAUGCAACAAAAAAAUUGACGUAGUUUAUAUUAAAAACUUGAGUUUUCCACAGUAUAAGUAAACUGAAUUUACACAGUUACCAGAAACUCACCUUACUGGGUUGAAAUUUCUUAGUAUAGCAGCCAGGUUUUGACCAUGGCUUUUCUAAGAUGAAAAGAAUAAAAUGCAAUCUAUGGCCUUGCCUUGGACUAAUUGACUGGACUUCCUGAGGAGAAGGUGCAGUAAAAGGGCACCUGUGUUCAUGUUUGACACAAAGCCAGAAACAGUGUUUAUGGAAAACUUGAGAGCAAAUAGGCAUCUAGCCAACAAAGUCUACGGCUGUGCAAUUUGGAAUAGUAAAGUGGCUAACCCCAAAGAACAGGAGUGGAAUUCUGGGACACAGCAAUGUGAUAAAUUGUUUAUGUACAGGAUUUUCUAAUAGAACAGCAAAUAACUUGACUAAGUUUCCACAAGAUAUAUAGACUUCAUUCUUUCCUAAGAGGAACAGGGUUAUUAACAGCAAUAUUACUGCCAAUAGUUAAUGGGGGCUAAUGGGAAGAAAUCGAUCCAAUACUAUAACUCUCUCUCCUUUCCUCUGCCCUUUUGUUUUCUCACAAGGCAAGUAAAUAAAUACUAUGGUAAUAUCUGGCAUUUGCUAUAGCUUUCAGAGAACCUCAAAAAACUUCUCAAAGAUCUGUAAUCUGCAGGCAUGUUUUAUAGCUAGGGAAAACUGGAUAACACCUAGCACAACAACAUUACUGGACUACAUGCAAACAUACAUAAUUAAGGCUACAAGUCUGUCACAGAUUAUAUGACUUUCCAAGACUUCGACAGUAACUAGUGCAGCUGACAGUCUGCUAAGCAGCUUGGGCAGCCCCUGAACCAGCCAAACUGGACACUGCUGGGGCAGUCUUGGGCUGCCAUUGUGCCUCCCCCUACCCCGAGCAGCAGCAGCAGAGAUCCCAGGCCAAACACCACCACUCAAUCCUCCCCUACAUAUCAUCAACAAAGUUUCAGGCUGUGCACUACUGCCUCUCCCGCCUCCCCCCAAAGCACCCACAGUGCCUCUGGGCUACAUACUGCCCCACCUUCUGCAUCCAUUGUGCCCCCAGAGCACCUACAACAUCCCUUCCCUCACAGCACCCAAGAUUUAGUGAGAGGUAUAUAGUACAAACCAUGGCCUGGACACAAAUCAUGUAUUUUUGUUUCCUACCUAUGAUCUGCCCAUGACUUACACUAACUACACCCAUGACUAAAACGUAGCCUUAAUAAUAAUCUAACUCGCAUAAUGACACACAGUAAAUCAGUGAUAUAUUCUGACAAAAAGUUCAGUUUGACAGAUUAUAGUUCUAAACACUAAGUAAUGCCACCUCCCCAGAUUCCCAGUCUUAGACCCUCUUUCUACCUCCAGUUUCCUUCCAAGCCCUACUAUUCAAGCACCUUCAGGUGCAGUUUGACUACUUUUCCUAGAAAGGCUGCUGGAUUUCUUUCCAAGUCCUCUGUAUUUUUAACUAAAUUCACUAACAUUUGCUGGCACUGAAAUUAAUCGCUCAGAGCAAAAGGAGAAAUAAAAAAACAAAGGAAUGCAGCAGGACUAAUUUCAAUGUAUGUCCUAUUGAAAGCGUUAAUCUUAAGCAUGAGCUAGCUUUCCAAAGCACUCUAUGAGGAUUUGUUCAGAAACACAUGACGAGAACUAUAAGCUUUCUACAAUACAAAAUAUGGCUUCUUAUGAUUAAAAAAAGUUUAUUAAAGUGGAUAACAGCAAAGGUUCUCUGUAGUGGAAGUGCAACCCCACUACAAUAUGUAAGGAGAGUCAAGGACAAAAUGCUGUCCUACACACUGGCAUGAAUGGAGGGUGUCCCCUUGUGCUAGAUUACUUUGACUGAUCCUGGAGGUCAUAAUAUGCCUAUCAGAGUUUAUGGUGCUCUGCCUGAACAUGCAUUAAAAUGUUCUCCUCUAAUGAAACAAAGAAUUAAUGUUCUGUAUUUUUUGUUUUUUUAAAAAGGAAAAACCAUCAGGGGGAGAUUUCAUUUCCUAAGUAGGAAAGUCUACAUUAAUAAUUUUCCCAGCAGGCCUUCAGUAGUUUUACUGAAAACAAUCACAGCCUUUGUUUCUCAGAUCCUCUUACGUCUGACGCUUGCUCAAAGUCUUCACAUCAGCAGCUAACUCAGAAAAAAAAUGGAACACUGAACUGCAUUACAAAGGUAUCCUCACAGUUCAUUAUAAUGGUGUUCGGAACUGGACACUACAGGCAUAUUUUCAGCUAAAAAUAUUUCAUUAGACAGCUGUUCUACUCAACACUAAAACUGAGGGACACAAAAAUCUGAGUGCAUGAGUAGCGCAUUAUAUUAUCCAGAUUCAGUUUCACCACAUCUUCAAACUGCAGCAACUUCCUCUAAUCAACUUUGUUUCAUCACAGGUUUAAAGAAAAUCCCAUGAGUAAUUCAAUACUUUUACAAAGGAGCAGUACGGAGAUGGAACAGGAAGGGCAGGAUCUGGAUCUUCUGACUAGUAUUAGACUACAAAUCAUCUACAGUCUCCAGUGACUGUGACUAGGCUGCAACAAUAUUCACUGUUAGAUGUAGCCCAUUCCAUCUGCUAACAAGACUCAGGUGUAAAAGACCCAGUGAAAGAAGGAAACAUUGAAAGGGUACAUUAGGCACCAGGAUUCCCAAACUCCACACAAAUAUAUCCUACUUGACUUUUGUUCGGAAAAAAGCAUUAGAGAAUAUUUCACAUUUUAAAGCGACUAUAGGAGGAAAAAGUUCUAAGGAAUUUUGUCCCUUUGAACUUCCAAGUAAAACCUUAAAUAAGAUUAUGCAAACCUACAGACCAAUCCCGAUUAGUGAGGGGGAAGGGGGAGGAAGGGAAAAGCACCUCUCCUCCAAAUAAGUUCUUGAGGAUUUCUCCUCUGCUGCUAGGGUUUGUGUUGGAUAAAGAAAGCCCUUCUAAUAAACCAGCAUUCUUUUCCACCUGAUCAGAGCUAAUUGGCCCCCCUGCAGAUAAUAUGACCAAUCACAUCAGCUUCAGAUGAAAACCAAACCCCUUAUAUUAUAAACAGAGGAAUGAGAGACAUGUAAACCCAUUUCAAAGAAGAGAUCCCUACAACCGUGGAAAGUUUCUUGCUUGUGCUAGGACCAGAACAUAAGAUUAUUGAAGUCUACUGUUGGGACCCAAAGCCUCUCCCCCUUUCCCCUGCAAACAGAUUAAAGCUUCAAAGACAUUGUUUUCUGAAGAUGAGAACAGAUAUGAUAGAUAGCAACAAUACCAAAUCUAGUGUGCCCCUCCUGGAUCAAAGUCACUUGAGGAUAGUCACCAAAGAUGGACAUAGCACACUACAGAUGGAUGGGACCCAAGGGAAAAGUAUGGCAUAUCUACGAGAUGCUUGGGGAAUACUAAUGGACAUGCGCUGGCGAUGGAUGAUGCUCGUCUUUUCUGCUUCUUUUGUCCUGCACUGGCUAGUCUUUGCAGUGCUCUGGUACCUCCUCGCUGAAAUGAAUGGGGACUUGGAGUUGGAUCAUGAUGCCCCACCGGAAAACCACACCAUUUGUGUUAAGUACAUCACCAGCUUUACAGCUGCUUUCUCCUUCUCCCUUGAGACACAGCUCACUAUUGGUUAUGGCACCAUGUUCCCAAGUGGGGAUUGUCCAAGUGCUAUCGCCUUACUUGCUAUACAGAUGGUCCUGGGGCUCAUGUUGGAGGCCUUCAUCACAGGUGCUUUUGUGGCAAAGAUUGCCCGUCCAAAGAAUCGAGCAUUUUCCAUCCGCUUUACUCAUUCUGCAGUAGUGGCACACACUGAGGGCAAGCCAUACCUUAUGUUCCAGGUGGCUAACACUCGUCCCAGCCCGCUCACCAGUGUUCGGGUUUCAGCUAUCAUUUACCAAGAACAGGAGAAUGGUCAGCUACAUCAAACUAGUGUGGAUUUCCACCUGGACAGUAUCACUUUUGAGGAGUGUCCAUUCUUCGUGUUUCCACUGACUUACUACCACUCCAUUACCCCAUCCAGUCCUCUAGCUGUUGUCCUCCACGGGGACAUCCCUCGCCAUUUUGAGCUAGUAGUCUCUCUCUCAGCGAUGCAGGAGGGCACAGGGGAAACGUGUCAGAGGAGGACGUCCUACCUCCCAUCGGAGAUCAUUCUACACCAUCGCUUUGCCUCUAUGCUGGCCCGAGGUGCCAAAGGGGAAUAUCAGAUCAAGAUGGAGAAUUUUGAUAAAACUAUUCCAGAGCUCCCAGCUGCAGCAGACUCUAAGAGUCCAAAGAGGACUGAUAUGAAGAUCCGCAUCAAUGGACAGCACACUGACAGCUUCCAGAUUUCUGAGACUGGUCUGACAGAAUAG